GUGGGGGGCAGGUCUGCGUCUCUGCCACUCACCGCCUCCGGAGGCCUUUUCCUGUCUGGGGGAGGGCCCGCCAAUGAGGGCUGGGCCUGUCACGUGGGCCUGACAGCUGGGGAGGGGGUGGCCGGCGGCAAUGUGGCCCCGAGGCAGCCAGGAGGGAGAGCUGCAGCGUUGAGACCCCCAGCCUGCGUGACCCCGGCCCGCCUGUCUUGGGCCACUGGGCCCAGGUCCCACCAUGUUCUCCAGGAAGAAGCGGGAGCUUAUGAAAACCCCUUCCAUCUCCAAAAAGAACCGGGCGGGAAGCCCCAGCCCACAGCCCUUGGGGGAGCUGCCCAGGAAAGACGGGGCUGAUGUGUCCCUCGGACCCAGCCUGGAGCCACCAGGCGCAGCCUCAAAUGCCAAGGCCACGGGUACACUCAAGCGGCCCACCAGCCUGAGCCGCCAUGCCAGCGCUGCUGGCUUCCCGCUGUCCGGAUCCAGCACCUGGACGCUAGGCCGGGGCCACCGCAGCCCUCUGACCACCACCAGCCCUGCCGAGCUGCCCCCCGAGGGGCCGUGCCCCGACACCGUGGAGGACAUCUCCCACCUGCUGGCCGACGUGGGCCGCUUUGCCGAAGGCUUGGAGAAGCUCAAGGAGUGCGUUCUGCAUGAGGACCUGCUGGAGGCCCGCCGGCCCCUGGCCCACGAGUGCCUGGGGGAGGCCCUUCGUGUGAUGCGACAGAUCAUCUCCAGGUUCCCGCUGCUCAACACCGUGGAGACGCUCACUGCCGCGGGCACCCUCAUUGCCAAGAUCAGAGCCUUCCAUUACGAGUGCAACAGUGAGUCUGACAAGCGGGAGUUUGAGAAGGCCCUGGAGACCAUCGCUGUCUCCUUCAGUAGCACCGUGUCCGAGUUCCUCAUGGGGGAAGUGGACAGCAGCACCCUCCUGUCGGUGCCCCCUGGGGACCCCAGCCAGACCAUGGAGAGCCUGUACUCGCAGGGGAGCGAGGGCUCCACCCCCAGCACCGACGACUGUGACGGCUGCCUGCCCCCCGAGGAGGUGGACAUGUUGCUGCAGCGCUGCGAAGGCGGUGUGGAUGCCGCGCUGCUGUAUGCCAAGAACAUGGCCAAGUACAUGAAGGACCUCAUCGGCUACCUGGAGAAGCGGACGAUGCUGGAGAUGGACUUCGCCAAAGGCCUGCAGAAGAUCGUGCAUAGCUGCAGACAGAGCGUCAUGCAGGAGCCGCACAUGCCCCUGCUGUCCAUCUACUCCCUGGCCCUAGAGCAGGAGCUGGAGUUCGGCCACAACAUGGUGCAGGCGGUGGGCACGCUGCAGAACCAGACCUUCAUCCAGCCCCUGAGCCUGAGGCGGCUUGAGCAUGAGAAGCGCAGGAAGGAGAUUAAGGAGUCAUGGCACCGUGCCCAGAGGAAGCUGCAAGAGGCCGAGUCCAACCUCCGCAAGGCCAAGCAGGGCUACGGGCAGCGCUGUGAGGACCACAGCAAGGCCCGCUUCCUGGCGGCCAAGGCCGAGGAGGAGCAGGCAGGCACGGGGCCCGGGGCCGCGGCCUCCAAGACCCUGGACAAGCGGAGGCGUCUGGAGGAGGAGGCCAAGAACAAGGCGGAGGAGGCCAUGGCCACUUACCGCACGUGUGUGGCCGAUGCCAAGACGCAGAAGCAGGAGCUGGAGGACGCCAAGGUGACGGUGCUGCGGCAGAUCCAGGAGGUCAUUCGGCAGAGCGACCAGACCAUCAAGUCGGCCACCAUCUCCUACUACCAGAUGAUGCACAUGCAGACGGCCCCGCUGCCCGUGCACUUCCAGAUGCUGUGCGAGAGCAGCAAGCUGUACGACCCCGGCCAGCAGUACGCCUCCCACGUGUGCCAGCUGCAGCGGGGCGAUGAGCCGGACGUGCGCUACGACUUCGAGCCCUACGUCUCCACCAACACCUGGUCUCCGGUCAUGCGCACCCGGAAGGGUAGCCUCAACGUCAGCGACGCCGUGGGGACAGAGGCCGCUGGCGGUCCCGAGGAGGAGAGCGGGCCCACCGAGGGGGCGCUGGCCAAGGACCGCAGGGGUGAGCGCCUGGCGCAGUGCGGGGUGGGCGUGGCUUCCCCGCGGCCCCCACUGGAGCCGCCUCCUUCUGCAGGUGGGCGUGGCCACCAGGUGCACAAGUCGUGGCCCAGCAGCACCGCGGACUCCGACGGCAGCCUGGACCCCGGCCCUGGCUCAGGGGACUUCAAGAAGCUGCAGCGGAUGUCAUCCGGCGAGGAGCUGGCGGACCAGGACGGCAGCGCAGAGUCAUCAGCCUUCGAGCAGGCCGACCUCAACGGCAUGGCCCCCGAGCUGCCGGUGGCCGUGCCCAGCGGGCCCUUCCGCCACGUGGGGCUGUCCAAGGCGGCGCGAACGCACCGGCUGCGGAAGCUGCGCACGCCAGCCAAGUGCAGGGAGUGCAACAGCUACGUCUACUUCCAGGGCGCCGAGUGCGAGGAGUGCUGCCUGGCCUGCCACAAGAAGUGCCUGGAGACGCUGGCCAUCCAGUGCGGCCACAAGAAGCUCCAAGGCCGCCUGCAGCUCUUCGGCCAGGACUUCGGCCAGGCGGCCCGUGGCACGCCCGACGGCGUGCCCUUCAUCGUCAAGAAGUGCAUCUGUGAGAUCGAGCGGCGGGCGCUGCACACCAAGGGCAUCUACCGUGUCAACGGGGUGAAAACGCGCGUGGAGAAGCUGUGCCAGGACUUCGAGAACGGCAAGGAGCUGGUGGAACUGUCCCAGGCCUCGCCCCACGACGUCAGCAACGUCCUCAAACUCUACCUGCGCCAGCUGCCCGAACCGCUCAUCUCCUUCCGCCUCUACCACGAGCUCGUGGGGCUGGCCAAGGACAGUCUGAAGGCGGAGGCCGAGGCCAAGGCGGCGUCACGGGGCCGGCCCGACGCCGCCGAGAGCGAGGCUGCAGCCGUGGCCAUGGCGGGCCGGCUGCGGGAGCGCCUGCAGGGCCUGCCGCCCGAGAACAGGGCCACACUGCGGUACCUGCUGCGACACCUGCGCAGGAUCGUGGAGGUGGAGCAGGACAACAAGAUGACCCCGGGGAACCUGGGCAUCGUGUUUGGACCCACGCUGCUGCGGCCAAGGCCCACCGAGGCCACCGUGUCCCUGUCCUCCCUGGUGGACUACCCCCACCAGGCCCGCAUCGUGGAGACCCUCAUCGCCCACUACGACCUGGUCUUCGAGGAGGAGCCCGAGGAGGACGCAGAUGACCGGCGGGCUGAGGAUGGGGUGCAGGCGCCAUGCCCGGAGGCGGGUGCAGGGGCUGCCCUCCCGCUGCGGGAGGAGGCGGCAGACGGGGGUCCAGAAUCCCAAGUGGCCUCCAACGACUCCGACUCCGAGGGGGAGGAGGCCUCGGAGUUGCCGUCCCCGGCGGGCAGGGGCGCGUACCGCCUCAGCUUCCUGGAGAAGCAGGGCAGCGAGGCCAGCGUGGAGGAGGCCCAGGGCAGCGGCAGCGGCAGCGAGGAGCAGCUGGGGGCCGGGGCCGGAGAGGGCCUGGCAGAGCAGCUUUCCGAGUUCAAUACCAAUCAGUGCAACAAUGUGGCCGAGGUCGGACUGCCCGUCACGUGGCUCCACGGUGGGCAGAUCGCAGCGGGCACCGGCCACGAGAGGCAGCCCGAGUUUGUGUAGCUGGGGCGUGGGGCACGCCGUGUGUUCCCGGCUCCCAUCCCAUGUCCAGUCACCGGGAGGCCAUGGGAGGCCUCUUCCUUCAAGCCCAUACCGGUGAGGGCAUUGCCGGCUGCCUCUUCCAGAAGCUUCCGGGGCACUGGGUGAGGCCGAAGCCCGCUCCGUCUGCCUGUGUGCCCUGGCGACCCGACCCAGCCACGCUGGGAGAUCCUGCUGUCCAGUCGUCUGGGGACUGACUGUGUGCUCAGAGAAGCCUCGGACGUCCCUGCCGCGUGGCCCUGCCCCCGGGGCCAGCUGCCCUGUGGGCCUACAAGCUCUGCCUUGACCUCUCACCGCUGGGUCACCACCGAAGGCCACUCUGAAAGCCAGACAGCAGCGGCCAGUGGCAGCACCACGCCCUUGCUUUCCUGGAAGACCGAGUCGGGACGCUUGGGGUUUAGGCGCGUGGUGAGCUCCAUCUUGGUCACGAUGUACGUCUUUCACAUGCACAUUUACUCUGCUUAAAAUAAAGUUUAAAAUCCGA